ACUCCCAUCGGCCCCGGCCACUCCUCCUCUUCCUCCUCCUGCAGGCGGCAAGAAGGGGUGGGGAGAAGGCCGGCCCUCCUUCCCUCCCUGCCUGCCUGCCAGAAACGCUGAGCCGGGGGAGGCGCGGCUCCCUCCUGCCCGCCUUCGCGCAACCUCUCCGGCUAGCCAAGAGCGGCGGGGACUGGCUGGCCGGGCUGCCCGUGCCGGAGACGGGGCAGGCGGCGGGGCGAGGCGGGGCGAGGACGCGGGGCCGGGGGAAGCGAGCGGCGGUCGGUCGGGCAGCCGGAGGCAGCCAUGGGGGCGGCUCUGAGCACGUUGGGAAACAUUCUCCUCUCUCCAGUCUAUUUUGUGAUCGGUUUGAUCAAGCGACUUUUCUCGAAAUCUCUGCCUCCGAUCACGUUGGAAAACCCAGACGUAAAAUAUGCAUUACGGCUGAUCGAUAAAGAGCACGUUAGUCAUGACACCAGAAAGUUUCGCUUCGCCCUGCCGAGCCCAAGACAUGUUUUGGGUCUUCCUGUGGGGCAGCACAUUUACCUCUCAGCCAGGAUCGAUGGGAAUCUAGUCAUCAGGCCUUAUACACCUGUGAGCAGCGAUGAUGACAAAGGUUACGUGGACCUUGUUGUGAAGAUCUAUUUCAAAGGGGUUCACCCCAAAUUUCCUGAAGGAGGGAAAAUGUCUCAGUACCUGGAGAAUCUAAAGAUGGGGGACACCAUUGAUUUUCGGGGACCCAAUGGAUUGCUUGUUUACGAGGGAAAAGGUGUGUUUGCGAUUCGUUCAGACAAGAAAUCCGAACCCGUUCUGAAGCAAGUGAAAUACGUCGGGAUGAUUGCGGGUGGAACAGGAAUUACUCCCAUGUUGCAGCUCAUCCGAGCGAUUGUAAAGGACAAGGAGGAUCCCACAGUUUGCCAUUUGCUCUUUGCUAACCAGACUGAAAGUGAUAUUUUACUGCGCUCGGAACUUGAGGAAGUGCGAGCUCAACACUCAGCCCAGUUUAAGCUGUGGUACACAUUGGACAGAGCUCCUGAAAAGUGGGAUUACAGCCAAGGAUUCGUGAACCAAGACAUGCUGAAGGAACACAUGCCUCCCCCUGAAGACGACGUUUUGAUUCUGAUGUGCGGCCCACCGCCCAUGAUCCAGUAUGCCUGCCUGCCCAACCUGGAGAAAUUGGGUUACACCAAAGAGAUGUGGUUUACUUACUAACGGGGGGGUGGGGAUAAAGCAGAAGGGGAAAGUUAGGAAAAAGAAGAACUGUUGGGGGGGGAACCAGGCAACAGAAACCAACUGAGUUAACAGAGGUGGAACUCACCUUCAGAGGCAUUCCCGCUUGUGCACUCUUGUGUCUUUCUAAUCCUGCCAAGCUGAAGCCUCUGGUAGACUGAUUAACCGUGUUGUAGAUCCUACUCUUUGCUUUGCUCUGUGUAUCAAAUCUAUCCUAAGGCAAUUGAAUGAAGUUUGGCUCUUUUCAUCCCAGAUAAGCAAAUAUAGCUAGGCACUCAACUCAUCAAAGAGUUUGUUCUGGAUAGCUUCUAUGACAGGGGUCUUCAAACUUGGCCUUUUUAUGACUUGCGGACUUCAACUCCCAGAAUUCCUCAGCCAGGCACACGUGCCUGGCUGAGGAAUUCUGGGAGUUGAAGUCCGCAAGUCAUAAAAGGGCCAAGUUUGAAGACCCUUGACGUGGGAGGCCAGGAGGGAACGAUGAAGGAGGUGACUUCAGUCACCCUGUUGUUUCUGCAGCACCGCUUUAAAUGCACACCUGUCUUGCACCAACGUGUUUGUGUCUUCAUUAGCAGAGGCGGGGGGGGGGAGGAAAAUCGUUUGACAGGUCAACCUGUAGAAACAUAACUCAUGUAGAAAGCAGCAGAUUGAUGGGCUCCAUCGUUCCCAAGCGAUGGGCGUGAAAGAGGGAGGCCCAAUCUUGAAAUUCUGAAUCGUAAUGCGGGCAAAAUCCGUCGGACAGAUAUGAGGGCUUGGCAUCUUCCUUCCGGCCUUUCUCCGGAGACAAAAUUUGCGCCCGGUCUUUGCGUAAGGUGGAAUAAAGGUGUGUGCAUACGGAAGAAGCUCUAAACCUACCAUUGGCACUGAACACUGGAAAAAAAACAAAGGAAUGUAAAUUUGGUUUGGAGGGAUGAUAGGGUAGCCUGUUAGUGGAUGAGAAGAUCUACUUAUAUUUUCUUUUAAGUAUAUAGUAAAUGCUAUCAAAUCUCAAAGAAUUCCUUUCUUUUUCCAACUCGCCUUUCUGUUGCAUUGUUGUUAUUCUAUUAUUCUACCACACCAGCCUUCAGUGGGUCCCUUUUUGAUUAACUAACUACGUACCCAUGUUUGUAUACAUAAAUAUACAGGUAGCUCACUUACAAAAUAUGUCCAUGUAUUGUUUUCAAUAGAAAAAUCAGAAUUGUUGAUGUCAAGUAAUGGCUUCGUCAAAUGGUUUUUGGGGAAAGGCUGUUUACGAAUGGGAUGUCAGUAGCUACAUUGAUGUCAGGGUGAUUUUCAUCCCUUCAACUGGCCAGCAUUUUAUUUUUUUUUUCCAGAUGUAUUUUAACAUGAUUUGGGUAUCAGCUGCUCCAAAGUUAAUCAUCCCAGAUUUUUUUAAAAAAAAAAAAA